AUGACGAAGGUAAAAAUAAAGAAAAAAUUCAAGCACAGCGGAACGCUUGAAGAAGAUUUAAAAAACAACGUCGUAACAAAGAAUAAAAUAUUUAAAAAAAAAAAAAAAGGAACUAAGGCAGCGAGUGAAAAGAAAACAAAAAAAAAAAGAAAAGACGAUGUUCAAAAAAUUCUGAAUCUGGCAAAUAGACAAAACGAGGAGGAUCUGGACUUCUCAGAUUAUGGUAAUAGUAUAAGUGGUGAUGAUGUCGAUGGUGACGGAUCACAACAGGUGGAUAAGUUCCUCCAGUUUGAUGACGACAUAGGAGGGGAGGAGGGAUUCAAUGACGAUGAUGAUGUGUCACAUCGGGAAAAUUUCAUGGCGGACAAAAUGGUGUUGUCCGCGCAGGAGAUUAGCCAUUAUGAUACAAACGGGAUGGAUGAAUCGAAUAACAUUUUGGAUGAUCUGGAUGUGAAAAUAAAUCCCCUCGGGAUUGAACGGGGAGCCAAAUUGGACAAUGGGAAAGAGGUCAAAGCGGAGACCUCCGAACAGGUAAUAACCACUUCUUCAUCUCGUUGCGGAAUAAGAACAAAAAAAAAAUGUUACCAAACGGAUAAGAAAAAUAGUGUUGGUGAUGGUAGACAAAGUGCCAAUUGCAAGCGGGCAUACGUGAAGCGCCCCUCCCCCAAGAAGCAAUUUUAUUUUUUAAAAACUAGUACCCAUCGAUGGCGUUUUCGUAUCUGCAGUGAAAUCUGCGCACACGAACGCUUACGGUGUGAAUGA